CUCGUUGUUUGUUGACAUUACUACAUCAUGUAGUUGUGUUGUGGAACGCGCCAUCGCGCCGUAUCUUGCAUUUAUAGCGCGAAGUAAACAAAUUCCUUCCUGAACUAAUAGAUGACAUAAACUGUGAACGAUAUAUUGUGGACUAAUGGACAUUCCUGAACAUUAUUUACGGCAUUCACUGUGAUUGAGAGAAACAAAAAGGCGGGCGAAAUCAGUGUGCGAGUGGCGAUUAGCGAUCUAUUUAUAGACAGACCUAUGGCGCGAUAAAACUGUAUUACAUGCUACAAAUGUGUAUCAGUGUCAUGUUAACAUUCCAAUAAUAGUUUACUUCCUAAUUAUACGUUUUUCAUUUCUUACUGGACAUAAUAUCUUCGAUACUGUUGAGGAAAACGUAGCCGCGAAACUAGUUUGACAGCUCAUGAAUGUACACAUUGAAAGGGAACGUAAUGCGCAUGUGUGCGUGUAAGUGAUGUGAAAUUCUUAUGUAUGCGCUUAUCGAUUGGCAAGAUUAUUUCAAGGCCACCAGUGAGGACUAAUGUAUGAUUUAUUAUUUUAACUUGAUAUGAAUAUAACGAAAGCUGGACUUUCAAACAAUAUGGAGUCGCCAUUGUUAGAUAGUAAAAAUGUCGAGGUCACAAUGAACAGAUCCGUAAGUUCAAGUUCAAAUCAAUUAAUCCCAGACAACUUGGAGCUUCCUGAUGAUACAUUCCGUAUGAGUUUAGAUAAUUUUUCCAUGAUUGGAGAAAAUGUGACUAUAGGUAGAGAGAUGUCAGUGGACGGCAGUGUGGGUACUAAUGCUGAGACGCCUACGGUGGAACUGCCGACUCCGCUACUGACUCCUGAUGCGCAAAGUCCUGACAUCGCAUCACCAGACAUUGUCCAAAACCCGGACAUUCAGUCACCUGAUGUCAUUCAAACUCCUGAGAUUGAAUCACCCAAUGUCAUUCAAACUCCUGACAUCGAGUCCUCUGAUAUCAUACAAACUCCUGAGAUUGAGUCACCUGAUAUCGUCCAAACUCCGGAUAUCGCAUCACCUGAUGUCGUUCAAACUCCUGGCAUUGAGUCACCCGAUAUUGAGAGCCCGGCUCCAGAGAACUCGCCUCCUAUAAUUGAAACUCCUAAAAUAGGCGAGGCUAAGGCUGACAUUCGCAGACCACAAACGCUACUGCAGCUAUCGCUGACGAAAAAAAGUGACAAUGAUAUCUUCGUCAAACCAUCCCCUGUAAUAGAUCUUAUGUCACCAGCAAAAAUGCUGCAGUUUGAAGUCGAGGCCUCUAGCGCCACUCCAACCAUGAAGCGAGCAGCCGUGGACUUUGAUUUCUUUAGCAAAAACAAUUUUGAGGAGUACUUUGCGGAAACGGAGGCCAAACAUGAUAAUGAGGCUGACGAUCCGGAAGAUGGCAGCACUUUUAAAGAGACGCCGGUUAUCGUGAAGGCGGAUACUGUCCGACAUGAGAUCGGUUAUGUUAAUCUCAAUGGCGCUUCUAAAGUUGAUAUUUCUUACUUUGAUUUGCUCAAAGUACUCGGCACUGGCGCUUAUGGGAAGGUGUUUCUAGUUAGGAAAAGAUGUGGGAUAGAUGAAGGAAAGUUAUACGCUAUGAAGGUUUUAAAAAAGGCAUCCAUAGUGCAAAAAUUAAAGACUGCUGAGCAUACAAGGACUGAAAGACAGGUCUUAGAAGCUGUGAGGGCUUGCCCUUUCCUGGUCACACUCCACUAUGCGUUCCAAACGGACGCAAAAUUACACCUUAUCCUUGAUUACGUAGCGGGAGGUGAACUCUUCACUCAUCUUUAUCAGAGGGAACACUUCAGUGAAAAUGAAGUACGGAUAUAUAUAGCCGAAAUUAUAUUGGCUCUCGAGCAAUUACACAAGCUCGGCAUUAUUUACCGCGACAUCAAGUUGGAGAACAUUCUCCUGGACGCCGAAGGUCACAUAGUGCUGACAGACUUUGGCCUGUCCAAGGAGUUCUGUGGUGGUGAGAGCAGAGCCUACUCUUUCUGUGGCACCAUUGAGUACAUGGCGCCCGAAGUGGUCAGGAGCGGCAGUCAGGGUCACGAUAUUUUCAACACACAGACAGUACAUAGGAGA